GCUCAAAGCCAACUUAAUCUACAGAAUUCCUCAUUGAGGCUCUCUCUUCCCAGGUGACUCUAGUUUGAGUAAGCAUCAGAAUAAUUAAAUAUUAACACUCACACUGCCCCAGCAUCAUUGUUAGGCUUUGUGGCUAUAGGUAACAUGAAAGAGAAAAUUUUAAAUGAACUAGCAACAUUGAACAACCUCAGUAGACAUUUCAGCCAUUUGGUGUCCUUCCUACAAACCCAAAUAACUCUGAUUUCUAUUUCUCUUGCUUGCUUUGUAGCUGAUUGCUGUAGGCCACUAAUGAUUCACGCAGCUAUUCAAGAGACCUGAUACUAGAAGAACUAAAGAUACGCCACAGUGCUUCACAGGGGCCUCCAAGGAGCCACCACCCACUCCAACCCGCCUCACAAAGAGGCAAGUGAAGCAGAAGGUGGAGAGUCUGACCACUCAGCUCCGGGAGAUGACCGCCCAACGGAAUGAUCUGAGAGAUCGGCUCAUCUUAGUAACCGAAGGAUCCUUGGACAACAGGCCCUAUCACAGGCCAAAUCCUUUCUAUGAAAGUCUCAAGAUGGAACAUCAGCAGGUCAUGUCAGACCUGCAGAAUUUCAAGAAUGAGAAUAUGGAGGCCUCACAGAAGCUCAGUGAGCUGACCAAGGAGAAAGUCUUCCUUUGCGAUCUGGAGAGCCGGCUCCUGAUGGAGCAGAGUCAGCAGAUGAAGAAGUUGGACAUGCUGAGGCUAGAGAAGGAGAAAUUACUGGAGGAAUGGGUCCUGCUGAAGCACCACUUGGGUGAAUUGAAAGUGCUCUGUAAGGACCAAGAAGAGACCAGUGACCUCCAGAACCAGCAACAGCAGGAGCAGCAAAGAAUGGAGGAGAAACUUCAGAGCUUGCUGAAGCAGAGGGAGCUGGUCACACAGCAAAUACACUUGGCAAAAAAGCUGCAGCAUCAUUUGACUGUCUCCCAGAUGAGGUCAGAAAAUCUCCAACAUGAGCUGGAACAGUCCACAGCUUAGGAUGAGAGCCUCCUGCCGACAGAGCUGCUGCAGCAGGAGCACCAAGUGUCAUAAGCAAGUGAGCCAC